AUGGACUUUUCGUCCUCUGCAGCCCACCAGGGUCAGCCACCCCACCAUCCACCCAACGCCCUCUACGGCCAGCCAGACCUCGAUAACGCGUUCUCCCCCAUCCACUCUGUCGACAACAACUCCCCAGCUCACCCCCACAUCUCGAACCACUCAUUCGACCAGCAGGAGGGCAUGGACGUGCCAGAGCUCUUCACCAACGGCGCCAACAACUUCUCCUCGAGGUACCGCGCCAGCUCCGCAUCCUCUUCAGGGCCCAGCUACGGCCUCUCCUCCGAAAAUGUCUACAAUCACACCAACUUCGGCGACUCACAGGGCUCGUUCGGCAACUCCAAUGGCAACCCGUACGAACUUAUGAGCGUCCCCUCCAGCUACAGCAGUGGCAAGGUUUCCCCGCUUAGCCCCACAGACCCCAUGACGGGCAUCCAGCAGUCCCCAGUUUUCCCCCAGUCGUCAGGGAUGAACGGGUCCAACAACCAUUCUUUCAGCGAUAUCCUCCAGCAGGACAACGGCCGCCGUAUUCCCAGCAUGAGCGGCCCGGGUGGUUACCACUCUGAGCCGUUCCAGGACGACUUCGCGAUGAGCAACGGCGGCAGUUAUCCCCCGUCGGCACUACAUCACUUCCAGCAGCGCAUGAGUGCGGGCGACCCGCGCUUCGCUCACGGCUCCCCCAUCUCGUCACAUAUGCAGCACGGCUCCCCCGACUUGUACCACAGCGUCUCUCCUCAGGAUACCAAUCCCUCUUUCCGACCAUCGUAUUACUCCGAGGACGUGCAGUAUAUGCAGGCCGGACGGCAUCCUGGGAUGCCCAUGCUCGACUUCCCGGGCAUGCGUCCAGGCCAGCCAGGCAUGGGCGCAUCGAACGAUCUCCAAACAUUUAUCCGCCCCUACCUAGAUCAGUACGUGCGGACGCCGAAUCGGCUCGCGUUUGGAGAGCGGACCGUGAUCGUGAUGUCGAGCAAGGUCGCGCAGAAGUCGUACGGCACGGAGAAGCGCUUCCUCUGCCCACCGCCGACGGCUAUCAUGAUUGGCAACUCGUGGUGGACGGACGUGGUGCGCCGCGGAGAAGAACCCAAGCUGUGUCCGCCACGCGUGACGAUCUGCAUCUCGGGCGAGCCCGUCCCGCAGGAGGGCUCGAUCGAGUGGACGUCUGCCUCGGGCAAGAUCUUCGACGUCAACGACGCGCCCACGGGCACGACGUACAUUGGGCGGUGUGUCGGGAAGCAGCUCUUCAUCUCUGAUGUCGACGAGAAGAAGAAAAAGGUCGAGGCGCUCGUCAAGAUCACUGCGCCGUCGUCGGACGAUGAGCCCGAGCGUGUGAUUGGGACCUUCCCUUCUCGGCCCAUCAAGGUUAUCAGCAAGCCCAGCAAGAAGCGGCAAAGCGCGAAGAACCUUGAAUUGUGCAUCAACCACGGCUCGACGAUCUCGCUGUUCCACCGGCUGAGGUCACAGACGGUGUCCACCAAGUACCUCUGCGUUUCCGGCUCAGGAUCCUCGUUCAAGGGUUCUGAUGGUGCUCCACUCAUGGGUAUCGACGCCCGUGUUCGCUCCAAUACGCCAUCUUUCAUCGCCCGCACUGCCAGCUGGGAUCCAUUCGUGAUGUACAUCGUCGAUGUCAACAAGCCGGCUGGCGGACUCGAGGUCCCCCCGCCUCCACCACCGCAGCCUGAUUAUCCAUCUCCCCCGCCCAACGCGAUCCCCUUCCCCACGAACGGCUCGCAGAUUCCGAUCUACUACAACCAGACCGUCGUGCUGCAGUGCCUCGUCUCUGGCGUCGUCUCGCCAGUGCUCAUCAUUCGCAAGGUCGAUCAUCAGACCACUGUGGUUGGCGGUGGCCUCCAGGAGGGCGCCAAGGGCGUCGCAGAUCACUACUGCGCGCUCAGCGAAGUCUGCGGCGACCCCGUCUCGCAGCUGCACAAGAUCGCGUUCGAGGUGUAUGACCCAGCGAAGGGCAUGCCUGAGCCCGGCACGCCCGGCGCGACCGGUGCGUUCCUCUCGUGCAUGGGCGAGAAGGUGAACACGUACCGCCCCGUCGACGGGCGGCAGUGGAACACGCCCCCCUUGCCGACGUCGCCGAUUCUGCCUGGCUCGCCUGUUGUUUCGACGCCUGUGUCUAUGGGCGGUAACGGGGACUACUUUAACGGCGCGCCGGGCGCGACGAGCGUGACGAGCGAGCCGGCCUCGCCGUCGUCAUCAAACGACUUUACCAACGAUGGCGGAAGAGUCAAGAAGGGCAAGCGGUCGACGUCGAGCGCCGGUGGCUUGGGCAAGAACCCGACCAAGGGCCGGCGGCGGCCUACGUCGGCCGGCUCCGUGUCAUCACGAAGGGGUUCUGGGAGCGACGCGGGCGCGUCCUCGGGAGCGCUCUGGCAGAUCGACAUCGGCGAGACGAGCGUGUGGACCAUUGUCGGUACCGACCAGGUCCGGUAUAACUUCUACGUCCCGCCCGUGCUGUUCGACAACCAGAACGCGCCGCAGACGGGCUCGUUCCCGAUCCCGACCAAGCCCGUGACGCCGUUCCCGGGCGUCGUUAAGUACCUCCCGCCCGACCGCGCGGCGGAGGCGCCCAAGUCGAACUGCGCGCAGUCGCGCGGCGUGCUCGCGAAGCCGCAUCCGCAUAUCAGCAAGAUGUUGACGGUGUACGGGGAGAACUUCAACAAGGCGGACCCGGUGCACAUCUUCUUCGGCGCGGAGCCGUCGCCGUACGUCGAGAUACGGUGCACGGAGGUGCUCGGCUGUCUCCCGCCUGAACAGCAGGUGCCCAAGCGUCGCUCGAUCAUCAUGAUUCGCCCUGAUGGGGUGGUGUUCCCGUCGAGCGUGAUGUUCCCUUAG